AUGCGCGGCGUGGGCUCAGGCUGGCUCGGGCUCCGUCUCUCGCUCCGGUCUACUUCGCUUUUUCCUCCCCUCGCGGAGCAGGGCUGGGCUCAGGCCAUCGCGCCCACGGACACAGUCCCUCAAUGCCUCAGUUGCCCUGGGGUGCUACCGCCCCCCCCCCCGCCCCGCCAAAAGAAGGUUCAGGCCGGCGAGGCCAGGCAGCGCCAACAGCUCAACUGGGACCCUCUGUCCUGUGCCUGGGAAACUGGAGAGGGGGACGAGGCUAGAAGGAAACUUUGGGAUCUCGCAGGAAACAAUAGUUGGCUAAAAAGCCGGGUCCCCCAGCCCUCCCCUGGCAGUCUGCUCAGCGCCCUAACGGGGGCACGCGUGUACGGCGUCUCCAGCACGGUCCUCACAAUAAUAGCUGCGAGGAGGGGGAAGGAGUCGAAGCAGACAGACCAACAGAUAGGAGAGACCUGGGCUGUGUUACUCUGUUCUAACAAUCUGUCCCGCGGCGCCGGCUCUUGCGGGGGGUGCACCGAACAGGGCACCUUGGCAGUGUGUGGCGAGCCUGGUCUGUCCCCCCUCCUCGCGAGGUGUAUUAAGGGAGCGGCCCGCGCUUCCUCCGCGUCCCUCAGACAAUCGCAGAUCUCCCCCGCCCCCCCCCCGGCCGCCGCCACCUCCUUGUUUACCCCGUGCCGGGGCUCCGGCGUGGCCACCAGUCACGAAAGCCGCGGCGGCGUCCUCGUGGACCCUCUCCCGAGGCGUCCGCGCUGCAAGCCCGCCUGCCCCCCAGAGGGGCUCCGGCGCCCCAGCGCCCCAGCCAAAGUCAACUUCGUGUGCGUAAUCAGCCCUCAGACCCCCUCCUGCAGCCGGCUCCCCGCGGGAGUAUUUUUAGCUCUCUCGCCUCUUUUCGCAGCCGCUGUUUGGCUCUGCAUGACGAGAUGCCAACGGCCCCCAGAUUUCCCCGAGCGCGUAGGGCGCUGCGCUUUGCCCGACUCGGCUGGGCGACCCGGCUCCAGGCCCUCGCCACCUCUCCAACAGCUCACGCAGACGGGGGGGCUCUCCAGCAAACUCCUUGCUACCGUCGCGGUGCCUUCCAUUACCCCCCCCAUCCCCUGCAAACAGGAGCAACCCACCGAUUUCUUCUCCCCACUUGCUGCCUCCCUCCCGGGUCUGGGUCUCCAGGAUGGGAAACGCGGGCCCUACAUCUGUCUGUCUGAUUGGGGGCGCUUUUCGCGCUGGCGGCACUCGCCGUUGUUUUCUGCUCCUUGCACACAAUGCCCGCGCGUCACGGCGGCCCGCGUGUGCACAGCAAUAACGCGAGUCAGGGAGCGGGUCGUGCGUGUGCCGGGCUCGGGCACUGCGGGUCGCUCCGCGCGCGCGGGGCUUGUUUUGCUCCAGAGCCCCGCUUUUCGAAACGCUUACAUCAUUCAGUGGCUGGGGGAGGGAGAGGGAUCUGGGCGUUCCGAUAGGAUUCCAGCAUUGCUGAGGUUCCUGGUUUGGGAAAGGAAGCAGGGACUGUAGAUAUUUAACUGUCAUUAUCAGAGACGGCGCCUCAGGUUUUGGUUGCCGUGCAAGUUUUUUAGGUCACUACUGCAAAGGGCAUUGCUGUCCGGCUCAGGUGCACAACCUCUCCGCCUUCAUUUCAGCCAGUUCCCCUGUAAUCACUUGAUCUCAGUUUCUCCGCCUCCUCCUCCUCCCCCUCCCAGCUAGAGACACAUGGUUUCCACAUGGAGACAAACUUCUUUCCUCUGACUGGACUUGACCCAGCUGCGUCGUUCAGCCAAUCGGCAGCUUCAGCCUCCUGUGACGUCACGCGUCGCUGAGGCCGAAUGCUCGGGGGUGGGGCCAGCAGGCGAGCGAGGAAAGCUCUGGGAGCUGUAGUGCAGCCAGCUGGUCCCGGUCUCUUCUUCUUUUUUUUUUUUUUUGAAUAAUUUUUAUUGUGCUUGAAGUGAAAGUUUACGAAUCAAGUCAGUCUGUCACAUACAUAUAAGCUUAUAUACACCUUACUACAUACUCUCAUUUACUCUGCCCCUAAUAAUGAGUCAGCCCGCUCCCUUCUCCGGUCUCUUCUUAAAGGGACGCUUUUCUCCAAGACGGGUGACGGUCCUCGAGUCUCCAUUUCGGGCUCUGUGAGAUCUUCCGGAGAUGCACCGAUAGACCCUAGUCACGGGUUCACACGUUCCGUUUUUACCGUUGUUUGCAAAGUACUUACUUGGCAGGAGCUUGCCUUAUUUUCCAUUGUAUCCAGAACUGCUUUUCAUUGCCUCGUUGAGGUUUCCGUACUAGGAGUGCUUACCAAGUUUGGCCACAACGCUGAAUUAUUUCCGGUAAACAGGGUGAGUUUUCUUGGGGGAGGGGGCUCAAAUUAAGUCACCCAGUAUUGACUGCCUGCUGUGUGCGAGGCGAGGGAUUUCCGUAGGAAAAGAAGGAACGUUUCCAGCUUGGGAGAUUCUGCAGGUACAGUCCCCCGAAGUCUCAACAGAUGUGAAUCUAAGAAUCUCAAAUUGAAGGCCUCCAGAAAUAUUAAUCACGGAGACUGUGAUCUUGUUGUCACAAAUUGAGAAAUUAUGUGUAAAUACCCAUCAUCACCUGUACCCAUUUGGAGUUCAAUGGUGAGGGUGGCACUUUAGGACUGACUCAUAAUUAGAAAAAGCUUUAGUCCCUGUUUUGGAAAAAGUUCAAGCUGAAAGAGAAAAAGAAAGAUUCACAAAGGAAUGCUGACAUGCAUAAAAGCAUGUUGGCAGGCCAGUGGAAGCUAUAAUAGGAGGCCAGGUCUGGAGGAGAGAAAUGGCCUUCCCAGUGUUUGGGGAGAGUGGCUGUGGAGACAACAUACGGUAGAGGCGUUAGAUGAGAGUAAAUAGCCCAGGGUUGCUCUACAGAGUGGAUUACCUGGGUUUGAAGGUGGGGUGUUUUGCUAGAAGUGUGGACUGGCCAAGAGGCAGUCUCUUUCUCCUAGAGAAGGAAGCCUGAUGCAUGGUGUCAUUUGGCCCCACCCUGCCUCCCUGACUUAUUCUCCUUUGCCCGCGGUGAAACCUCUGCUCCUGUCCAGCGAGUCCAUGGGCAAGCAGACCUCAUGGUCACACCUCUGUGCUUGACUUGGACUCUUCAGUCAGCCUGGAAUGCUCUCAUCUGCUACUUGCUUGGGGUUAUCUGCAUCCUACUCAUCCUUCAAGACCUAGGUCAAUUCUCACCUCCUCCAGGAAGCUUCCCCGGGCUAUUUCAGUCCACUGGGACUACUCCUUAAGUCUGAGUAGUUGAAAGAAUGAAAGCUUUGGAGUCACACAGAGCAGGGCCCAAAUUCCCACUCCACUGUUUACUGGCUGUGUGACCUUGGGCACAAGUUAUCUAACUCCUAGGUUUCAUUUCUUUCUUUUUUUUUUGGAAAAAAAAAAAAAUAGCAUCAGCCUCACAUCAUUGCUGAAAAACCAAAUGAAGCACUGCAUUUAAACAUUUAAAGAACCUAGAAUAUAGUAGUCAGUGACCAAGAAAUACUAAUUUCUCUGGACUUUGAUAACCGGAACCAUGCAAUUCUCUACUUGCUCCCUAUGCGUUAGCUUUAUCCUCACAGAGAGAUUAUAAGCACCUUAAGAGGGAGGAUCAGCUACGGUAUUUUAGUAUAUGUCACCACUGCAUUUAAAAAACCAAACCAAACCAAACCUGUUGCCUUCGAGUCGAUUCUGACUCAUAGCGAUCCUAUAGGACAGAGUAGAACUGCCCCAUAGGGUUUCCAAGGAGCAGCUGGUGCAUUUGAACUGCCAACCUUUGGGUUAGCAGCCAAAGGCCUAACCACAGUGCCACUAGUGCAAAUAGUAGACAUUUAAUAUUAAUUGCUUGUUUGGUUGGAUUUAUCAUUUACUGGCUAUGGUAUGGCAAUCAGGUUUAGAGGCCAGGGGAUUCAUGACAGACUUUCUGCAGACUUGGAGAGGAGUUGGAAAUAUCGAUCUCCUUCAAAGGGUCUGGGGUUCAAUGGUGUCACCAGAGAGGUACAGACUGCACUGGGUGACACUGUCAGAGGGGUGACACCAAAAUGACUGUCUGUAAAAUUUUUGUGCAGUGUUUCGGCAGAAAUUUAUUAUUUUUUAUAAAAAAAUCCUUGUAGUUAGCUAUAACAACAGAAACAUUUUUUGUAAGCCCAGCUUACAUGUAUUGAUAUACCUCUAAGGCUAAAAAUCUGUUGUUGUCAAGUUGAUUGCAACUCAUAGCGACCCUAUAGGAGAGAGUAGAACUGCCCCAUACAGUUUCCAAAGAGCUGCUGCUGGAUUCAAACUGCCCACCUUUUGGUUAGCAAGCAAGCUCGUGCCACUAGCACUACCUUACAAGGUUAAAACUCUAUGCUAAAUUACUUUUUGAACCUUGUAAUGCAUUCUGAUCAAAGCUGUCAUUAUUACCCAAUUACAACAACACUUCGAAUCACAUGGUUUUGUCUGCACAUGCUACAAGUAGGUGCUGUUGCUGUUGCUUUCUAGUUGCCAGUUUUUUAUGGAAACCCUGGUGGCAUAGUGUUUAAGAGCUAUGGCUGCUAACCAAAAGGUCGACAGUUCAAAUGCACCAGGGGCUCCCUGGUAAACCAUAUGGGGCAGCUCUACUCUGUCCUAUAGGGUUACUAGGAGUCGGAAUCGACUCGAUAUAGGUUUUUUAUAGUUGCUGAUUUUGUCACAGUCUCUGGUGUAGCUACAAUAUUGUGGUAAUUAGCAUUUGUGAGCCUAUAUCAAUAAUUAAUUUGAGAAUGAAGUAGUAAUUAAAGGAAAAAAAGAAAAAUCAAAGGCUUCCGUUCAGUUACUAAUAAUCUUAUAAUUAAUAAUGUUGUAAUUCAGUGUAGGAGAAUUUCACAGAACAAUUUUGUUGUUUGUAUUCAUAUAAUCUAAGAAAUAUUACAUUUAAACAAUUUACAACUGUAUUUAUCACAUUGUUCUAUGAUUAAAUUUGAUAAUACACGUUACUAAAGAUUCUGUUGGUCUAGUAUGGGAGGAGGUCCAUGGGCAGUGGGGAGUGACACCAUGAGUUACCACACUGGGUGACACUAACCCUAGUGAUGCCACUGCUGGGGGUCUCCUCAUAAUCAACAUAGACUGCCCUUGGACUGUAAGACCAUGGUCUGCAGGGAGAUGGUGGGUCAGGCCUGGAGAGUUAAAGCUGCAUACUGUCACUGGCUGCGACCCUGAGAAAGAAUAAUGUUACUGGCUUAUAAGGUAGGGAAUAGGGCCGCUUAUGCUAAAAUUGAGGGCAGCGAUGGCAGCUAAUGAGGAGGCCUGGUAGUGCAAUGGUUAAACACUCAGCUGCUAACCAAAAGGUUGGCGGUUCAAACCCACCCGGUGGCUCCACAGUAGAAAGACUGGUGAUCUGCUUCCAUAAAGAUUACAGCCAAGAAAACCCUAUGGGGCAGUUCUACUCUGUCACACAGGGUUGGUAUAAGUCAAAAUUGACUCAAUGGCACCCAACAGUGGUCAUGUAGGUCACAUUUACACAUGGCAGGCUUCUUAUCAAUUCAUUCAUUCAUUCCACAAGUAUUCAUUGAGUAUCUACCAUGUGCAAUUGCUUUUUUGGUGAAAACUUGGGAAUGGGGUGGGGUAUUUGUUUUUGUUGGGGUUGUAUGAAGAGCAUUCUUAAAUCUGGCUCUUAUUUCCUCUGCAUCCUGAGGUAUGCUUCCCAGAUUUAAUUUGCUUUUUUUUUUUUCUUCCAGUUUUAAAUAUGUCUGCCCACUAGUAAAUACCAAAUACAGACUUUUGAGGAUAUAAUUGUGGCAUUCAGAGUCCCAAAGCUCCUAGGGACAAGGUGUCCUAUGGAGGGGACUCAGGGAAAGGGGGCAGGGCUUGGAGGAGUUAAAGAAACUGAACUGAGCUAUUCCUGGUUUGGGCAGGAAAAAGGAGGCUCCACCAGCCACCCGGGCGAAACAACAGCUGCUCACCUACCUUCCCUCUCUGACCCAAACGGUGUCCCAUUGACACACCUAGAAACGUGGCUUUUCAUCUGGAGUUGGCUUGGCAAAAGUCUGGAGGUGAAACUGAGGGAAACGGAGAGGGUGCCGAAUGCAACAGCAGCAACUAAUUGCAUGCUCUCAAUACUGGCUACCAUUUAAAAAAAAUACGGGGUUAAACAUGCAUUAUCUAAGCCAGUCUGCACAACAACCCUAUGACUUGGACAAUUUUGUUACUCCUGUUUUACAGAAGAGGUAACAGAAGAGCAAGAAUAUUGGGUAACUUGCCAAUGUCACAUGGUUAGUAAGCAGCAGAUCUGAGUUUUGAACCUAGACCUCUGAUUCCAGAGCCUGCGGUCUUAACCACAUACAUGUGUGCUCAUUUUACAGCCAAGGAACGAAGUCCAGAAAGGUGAAAUGACUUGCUCAAGGUCACCCAGCAACCUGAAGCAGAGGUGGUAUUUAAGUGCCCUGUUGAUUGUCUAAAGUGGCGUCUUCUUGCGCAUACCCUCCUUAGAAAAGGUUAAGAAGUGAGGCUGGAGACAAAAUAGCCAACCAGAGAGGGUUUUUUUUGUUUUGUUUUUUCAGAGUUGUUCAACUCUCCUGGCCCUAGCUCAAGUCUAGGGCUCCUAGGAAACUCCCACCCCCACCCCCUGCUGCCUUUCCCAGUCUGUCCUCUGGGCAUAUUAGAGGACUUGGGGCUGUUGCUAUGGUACUAAGGCCAACAGCAGGUUCAUCAAAAGCGAGUCUUUUGCCUUUAAAAAAAAAAAAAAAAAAAAACAGCCUGGCCCAGCAGAAAGGAAUUGGCCACAAAGAUCUGCAUCAGUCAUUGUGGCUUGUUCUGUUUUAGAUCCCCCUGCCUCCCCAUCCCCCCUACUCCGCCCUACCACCACCACUUUCUAUAAAUACAGUUGGAUAAAUAUUGAUUUAAACUGGGUUUCUGGAGGAGAAGCACAUGCUUGCCCUGGCCUGGUCUUCACUUAGAUACCACCAGUAAGUCAGGCCUGACACACCUAACCCAGACAGCUCUGGUUUCCAAAUGACCCGUUUUGGGGAGGUGAGUUGUGGUUUUGUGGCUUUUGAAUUAAGAAAAAAGAAAAUGAAGUAAAAAAGUAACAACCCAACAAGAAGUGGGAAUCUUCUUGCAGAAUGAAGAAAGCAGUCCUCAGCAGGCAGAAGUGGGGGAGGUUUAUAGUAGCCUGGCCUCUGAACCAUUCUCUUCCCUUUUCCCUUCUUUCUCUCCAUUUUGGCUUUUUUUUAAGGAGACAGGUAAUUCAACAGUGUCAGGGCCAGAAGGAGCCCCAGAGGUCACACACAGCAGCCAUCAUCCUUGCUACACAGAUGGGGAAGCUGAGGCCUAGAGAGGGACAGUGGCCUGUCCAAGAUGACACAGCAGAGGGCCUUCUAGACUUUGUUCUCUGCUGCUUGAUGUGAGAAUGGGUCCCAGGCAGAGCCCCAUACUUGGCUUUUGUUUUACAGGUCACUUGGUUAUAAAGUGAGCAAUUCUCAAACCCGGUUUACUGAAUCCCAGGGUGUGUCCAGCUAUUGCAAAGGUCAUUGCAACAUUCUCAAUAGUCUUUCAAAAUGAAGCUAAUUUGAAUUUUCCAUAUUUAGAAAAAUAUUUUCUUUUUACAUUUGGGGGAAAGAAAGCACCAGAAGGCUGUGACAGGGAUGGGAUGGCUGCCCAAGCCUUAACUGAGGAGGAGGAAUUCAAGUCUUCCCAGAGGUGCCCAGAACUACCUUUGGGGUCACUGUGUCAUCCCCUUUUACCUCCACCACAGCCUGACCAUCCCAGCCAUAUUUCUUGACUCCCAGGAUUCCGAGUGCCUUGCAUACAGCUUUCUUUCAUUCAUCCCGCCAGCUGAAAAGUUUAGCUCAAUGCAACAAAUAAUUUUUAAAAUCUGUAGGAGCCAAGGACUGGGCUUGGUGCUUCCAAAGUGAAAUAUGCAUGUGCUCCAGUUUCAGUUCUAUGUUCUACUUCAAAUAAUAGGCAAAUAGAGACCAAUGAGCAAUCCUUGUCUGUCUUCUGGAGUCUGGUAACUUGUCCCCAGGAAGGCAGCUGACAAGUGCAACGUGCUCUCUGUUUCCCCAAAACAAGCCUGUUGCCAUCAAGUUGAUUCUGACUAAUAGUGACACCAUAGGACAGAGUAGAACUGCCCCAUAGGGUUUCCAAGGAGCAUCUGGUGGAUUCGAACUGCUAACCUUUAGGUUAGCAGCCAGAUAUCUUAACCACUAUGCCACCAGGGUUUCCCUGUUUAUUAAGCAUUUACUAUGGGCCAGCAUUGGAAACCCUGGUGGCGUAGUGGUUAAGUACUACGGCUGCUAACCAAGAGGUCAGCAGUUCAAAUCCGCCAGAUGCUCCUUGGAAACUCUAUGGGGCAGACUCUGUCCUAUGGGGUCACUGAGUCGGAAUCAACUCGACGGCAGUGGGUUUGGCUCUUAGUUUUCUGGAUGGGCCAGCACAGUGCUAAGUGCUUUACAUAGCUUUGCUCAUUAAAUCCUCACAGUCUUCCAACAGGAAGUCCCUGAAUCCCUGAGUAGUGCAACUGGUUAAUGCGCUCCACUGGUAACCAAAGCGCUGGAGUCCCGGUCUACCCAGAAGUGUCUCAGAAGAAAGGCCUAGCAAUCUGCUUCCAAAAAAUGAGCCAUUGAAAACCCUGUGGAACACACUUCUACUCUGACACACGUGCACACUGGAUCCCUAUGAGUCAGGAUGGAUUCAAGAGCAACUGGCCUUAAAACUAUUCUCAUUUCAUAGAUGAGAAAAGUGGAAUAUCAGCAAGGCUGACUAACUUUUCCAAGGCUGCAUGCUAACAACUGUGGAGCUGAGACUCACCGGGAGAUCCUAGGGCUCUGGGAGAAGCUUCAGGGAACAAGAAGUUAGCAAGAGGCAAGAAAGAGAAUCUGGAAUGUUUAAAGUCCAGGCCAAGGGUCCUCACUUUCUUCCCACUCAUCCUGAGGCAGAAAGGGAGGUGACCAAAACCUUCCUGGGCUCUUUGAGUAUUGACACUGAAGCCAACUUAGGCCCCUUUCUCUGGAGGGCAGUGGUCUGGAGUGUUGAUGCUUGUGCCUGUGGUACCACCCAGCCCAGCACCUUCAAGGGAACUCACCCAACCAGUAUGGCUCUUCCCACCAGGGUAUCAAGGUGUGAAUCCACGCCCUGUCAGGCUGUACUAGGCUUCCUGAAGGCGCCCAAGCUUGUCGGGCAACUGGGCUGGCCCAUGCUGGAAGCCAAGGGCUUGUGCCAGAGGAGCCAGAGAAGAGAGGCAAGCAUAAGCCACAGAGAUGAGCUUUAGACCCUGGCUGCCACUGUGACAGUGUGGGCCAGCUGGUCCUGGUAGAAGGCAUGGGUCCAACCUCUUUCUCUUCCUGAUUGAGAUCUAGGAAACAAGAGUGAUCUUAAAUAUAACUGAGUUCAUGUCACUCCCUUGUUUGAUGCCCUCCCAUAGUUUCUUUCCUGUCUCCUUAGAAUGAAAUCUAAACUCCUUGCCAUGGCCUUCACCCUUGCUGCUUAGAGUGUGGUCUCUGGAUGAGCAUCUUUGGCAUUCUUUGAGAGCUAGGCAGAAAUGCAGACUUCCAGGACCCACCCAGUCCUCCUGAAUCAGAUUCUGCAUUUUAUCACAAUUCCCAGGUGUUGUAUGUGCCCAUUAAAGUUUGAGAAGCUGGCCUAGACAACUUUGGGACCUUUCCUAGUCACCCCUUUUACCUAAAGCUACUCCCCCCUUUGUUAUUUAUUCUUUAUCCUACUUAUCACAGUUUGUAAUUAUUUUACUCAUUUAUUCUCAGUCUGUUGGCCUAGAAUAAGGAACCCUGGUGACACAGUGGCUAAGUGCCUGGCUGCCAACUGACAGGUCAGCGGUUCGAACCCACUCACUAUUCCAUGGGAGAAAGAUGUGGCUGUCUGCUUCCAUAAAGAUUACAGCCUUGGAAACCCUGUGGGGCAGUUCUACUCUGUCCUAUAGGGUCGCCAUGAGUUGGAAUAGACUUGACGGCAAUGGGUUACAUAUUUAUCUAUUUAUUUAUUUUUUGGACUAGAAUAUAAGCACCUCGAAUAUAGGGACUGUAAGUAGUUUUGUUCAUUAUUCUAUAUUCACUAGCUAGCAUAGGGUCUAAAGCACAUAAUAGAUACUUAGGAAUAUUUGUUGAAUGAACUGAGUUCUCUGCCUUUAACCUUCUAGCCUAGUGUUUUUCAACCAGGGAGCUAUAGGUGGGACAGUUCUUCCUUAUGUGGGUUAUUCCCGAAUGCUGCAGGAUUUUGACAUCCUUGCUUUCCACUUAAUAAAUGCUAGUUGAGCCCUCCUAGUCAUUGUGACACUCAAAAAGACUCUCCUACAAAUUUUGUUUUGCCUUGUCGUAUUGAACAUACCAUGAUGUAUGCUGUGGGCUUAGAGUCAGAAAAUCCAGGUUUGAGUCCGUUAACUACCUGUGUGACCUUGGGCAAAUUACUUAACCUUUCUGGGCCUCAUCUGUAAAACGGGAGUCUCAGAGGUGUGCUGAGGGUUAAAUGAACUGACUGUUCUCGAAGCACUGUACAUAUAGUUCACUAUCAUUAAACAACAGCUAGGCAAAUGGAGAUAUAUUAUUCUGGGAUCACUGGAGAAUCCCAGAAUCAGAAUGCUGAAGCUGAAAGAGAUAGUGAGAUCAUCAGAGUCCUCAGACAGGCAAGAGCCUGGCUGUGUUUUUGUUUUCUUUUGUUUUUUUUUUUUGAAUAAAUGCUGGACCUGAGGCUAAGGCAGCAAGGGCUGGAUGUGUGAUUUAGUGUCCAGGGCCUGGCUGGGUCUAAGAGUGACCUCCACAAGUCCUGUUGCCUGGAGGGGGGUGGUAAUGCCAAGGGUGGCAGGGCAACUUGAGGCCAGCUCCUGGCAAGGAAGAGAGAGGGUUACCCAAGGCUGCAGCAAGAACGUGGAGCAUCCUCUUAGCAGAAGGGGAAAGCCUCAGAUAGUUUUUUUUUUUUUUUUCCCUUAAAGGUUUGAAAAUCAAAACCAUAUAACUUUGAAAGGACUAUUGCAAUACCAAAACCUGAUAGAUGCAACAAAAAAAGAAAGCUGUAGUUUAUUCUCGCUUUUGAAUAGCAAUGCAAAAAAUUCUGAACAAUAUAUUAACUCAUGAAAUCGAGCAGUGCAUCAAACGAGUAACAUACCACGAUGACCAGGUUGUAUGCCAAAGAUGGCGGAAAGUCAAGGAAUCUAUCCGUUUAAAUGAUUACAACCACAGAUUAAAGCAUCAAAUGAUGAAAUGUCAUUUGGAAAAAAGCAUUCAGGAGGCACUCUUAAUGAAGGAAAACUGCUUAGAUACAACAAAGAUUAUUUACCUAUGGUGGUCUUUUAAUGGAAAAUGUUGUGGUGAAGUUGGUCCUAGGGCUCAUGGUCAUCGUUGGCAAAGGAGUUGAUUCUGAGAACAGCCUUUCCUUAGAAAAAAUGAACCCUGAACAGAAAACAAAAGCAGGCAUCGGAUCCCUUUGGAAUGUAACUUGAUCUGUAAGGAUGGGGCCCCACAGGUUAAAAGAUCAGAAAACUUGCUCCACUUUAAUAUUUUUGUUUUUAAUGAAUCAUCCAGAAAAAGAAUUAUAGAGUCUGAAGGCCUGAGCUCUAACCCUUGCUUUACCAUUUAGACAGAUAGCUGUGUGGCCUUGGGCAAGUUAACAUACUUCUCUGAGCUUCAGUUUUCUCAUCUGAAAAAUGGGAAGUGGGGUGAGGGAUCAGCUUCAUGAUAUAAAUGUCCGUGAAACAAACCAUGUCAUGUUAUCUGGAGGAGCAUUUAUUUGGGAUGGCCCUAACAAAAUGCAAAUAGCUUAUCACAUGCCCCCUAAUAUCCCCCCCAGUAGGGUGCUCUAGAAUAAGCAAGCCACUUAGCCAUACGUAAUAAUUGAGUCCUGCAAUGCAGAUUUCUUCAUAGAUCCAAGUUCAUGCAAAAAAGAAGAAAAAGGACACCUGAGAGAUUAACACAUCCAUUACAAUCACUGAAAUAUGCUACCAUAAUAAGGAUCAUUUAAUAAAACGUAAGAAGCCCUUUUCUAAAGGGGAAGAGAGAGGCCAGGAUAGAAGUCAAGUGCAGCUAUUUGAGCCUCUGCCAGGGGCCUGAUCUCACCAGAAAACUGAAGUUAAACAACAACAAAGUUCAAGAUUCAUCGAUCUCAGAUUCAUAUUGCCUCCCCUGUUCUAACCCCCCCAUCCUACCCCCUGUCCCCCAUGUCCUUUACUUUCCCUUUCUCCUUUCUCCCCGGCUCGGGCACCUGGGUUGCUUGGUGUGUUUCCGUAUGGUUGAGCUGUCAGCCGGCAGCCCUGGCGACCGGAGCCCUGGGAGGCGGCAGCUACCUCUCGGGUUUAGCAUUACGUCAUCCCUUCUAGACCCAAAUUUAUCUCGGGUGCACCCGCAGCUCUGAGCCGCCGCUGGCUUGAGAGCUUACGCAUGAAGUUGGACAAGGCUGACUCACCGAACGGAGGGAAAGCUUUGCUGCUGCUCUUUACGUUUCUGGGCUCUGGGGGGAGAGGUGGAGAGGAGGUUGCGGUUGCAAUUUGGGGGUGGGGGAUGGAAGAUGUAUAACUGUUCUGGUUCUCAUUUAGGAACUCGGAGCUCGCCUUCCCCAGACUCCAACCUUGUUUAUUUAAAACCCCUCAUGCUCAAAAACAAUUGCAGAAAACAGUGCCCUGCACAGUUAGCACUUUGCAGCUUCAUCGAAGUUCGCCUAGCACCAGGUGGCAUCAACACAGUGACGGUGGACUUGUAAUUUAACCUCAUGGUCCCUUCCUGUCUCCUACCUGCAGAAAAGGUAUAACACAGACUGGCCUCCAUUGCUCAUGAAUCUGCAAUAAGUCACUUGGAAAUUUGCAUUUAGUAAACUGAGCCAAGAAGGGACCCCUAGAGUUGAGACCUUUGCCAGCUUCCUCCAGAAGGCAGAUUGUCCCCAACUGCACUGUGCUUGUUAGAGGCUUGUUGGGGGACUUCUGGGAGAUUUUUUUUCCAUCUUCAAUUGAGACUUUUGUUAGUAGACUUUGGAAGGCUUGCUUUUCCUCAGUUUUCCCGUCUGCAGUUGUAACGCAGACUGAAUUCAUCUGAGCAGAAGGAAGGCCAUGGCUUCUUCCAGGUUGGGACUGAUGCUGAGGGAUGGUUUAUGGGUGGCAUUACUCUCUAGAGGAUAGAUCCUUAAGCUUUGUGCUGUAGCCUGUGUCCAAGUAGCGACUCUGGGAGGCUCAAGUAGGGAAAAGGAGGUGGCUGCUAGAAAAGGUUGGCGAUUUUUGUGCAUAACCCAGCCCUUAGCACCUCUCCUCUUCUUCACACAUACCCAGGUGGCCUUUGGGUGACUCUCACCCUACUUUUUUUCCCUUCCUCUCACUCUUUGCCAUGGCUCUAGUAAUUCACAACGAGGUCAACUGUGAAAAGCCAGACACACACUCCAAGUGCCCCAAGCAUUUUUUUUUUUUUUUCUUUUUACUGUUGCCAUCUGUCCAUUCUGAUUUAUGGCGACCCCAUGUGUGUCAGAAUGGAACUGUUCCCUAUAGGCUUUCAAUGGCUGAUUUUUUGGAAGUAAGUUACCAGGACUUUCUUUCCAGGCACCUCUGGGUAGACUCAAAUUUAUAAUGUUUCAGUUAGUAGCCAAGCACUUAACUGUCUGUACCACCAGGGACUCAGCCCUAAGCAUCUAGUUUUCUCUUAAUAACCUGCUAGUGCUCUGUGACCUAUGGAUUUAAACGCGUCUUGAAUCCACGUAUAUUUUUAGUUUGGAUUACUUUUCUUGCUUGUACAUCAUAUGGGUUUGUCUCCCAUAGGUAAAGUAGACUUUCUUUUAUUUGUCAUAAAACUGCUCCUUUUAAGUUCCUGGGGUAGCCCUGGUGACACAGUGGGUAAAAGGCUCAGCUGCUAACCGAAAGGUCAGUGGCUCGAACCCACCAGAUGCUCUAAGGGAGAAAGAUGUGGCAGUCUGCUUCUAUAAAGAUUUGCAGCCUUGGAAACCUCAUGGGGCAGUUCUACUGUGUCCUACACGGUUGCUAUGAGUCAAAAUUGACUUGGUGGCAGUGGGUUUGGUUUUUUGUUUGGGGUAGCCCUUGGCAAUUUGGGAUCUAAAGCUUAAAGAGGUCCUGCAACUGGUGAAAACCUUCAUCCUACAAAUUUCUACCUUCAACUAAGAAAUAUUCUGAGUGGGUAGAUAUUUUCUGUUAGAUAACUUUGUCUCUUCCCUAUAUAACAUGUCCCUUGUUGAGGGUGGAAAGUGCUUGUUACACCUAACGGGGAAGCCUAGAUCUGACCUAACCUAGCCAACAGCUGAAAAAGCACAGCCUCAGUUUCAAAGCCUGUACAAAAAAAUUAAUUCUCCUGUGGUUUGCAAACACCUCUCAUUUUGGGUCUCCCUGCAUUUGAUGGAAUAUCUCUUUGGUUCUUAAAUGUCGUGCCAAGUACAAUAUUUAAAAGGGCUGGCAGGAUUUUGCAACUUGUGACCACAUUAGAGAUCAUGUUCGCUCUGGAAAUAAAAAGAGAAGUACGCGAGGAGAGGAUGUUAAAAUGCAGCAUGAAGUUCAUGACAUUUUUGAGAGGUAAUAUUUCUAUCCUAAGAUGGUAUUUUCUGCAGUAGCCAUUGGAAUGACCACAGGGAAGGGGACAUUCUCCCCUCAUCAGGAGCUUCCUGCUAUUUUGGAUGUCUACAAGCAGGUUAAAAUAAUCAGGGUGGGGAAAAGUUAUGGAUAUGUUUACACAAUUCCCAGCUUUCUCCUAGAACAUUCAGUAGUUAUGACCCUCUUGCCCUUUCCUCUCCCUAGAUCAGUGGUUCUCAACCAGAGGUGAUUUGUCCCUCAGGAGACAUUUGACAAUAUCUGGAGACAUUGGAGACAUAUCUGGUUGUCACGCCUGGCGGGGGGCGGGGGGCGGGUAGAGUGCUACUGGCAUCUGUCGGGUAGAGACCAGGGAUGCUGCUAAACAUCCUACAACGCACAGGUCAGCCUCCUACAGUAAAAAAUGAUCUGGCCCAAAUUGUCAAUAAUGUCAAGGUUAAGAAAUGCUGAUCUAGGACUUGUUAUACUGAGGGCAUGAAAAGAGAGUGGUGGUGAGAGCAGCUUGGGGCAGUUUUUUAAUGUGGGCCCCACUCUUUUCAGCCACGGCUUUCAGUUAUCCUUCCAUGGAGGAGAGCAUGAGCAGAAACAAUCAUCAAUGUGUUGUUGUCGGUUGCCAUUAAGACAGCUCCAACUCAUGGUCACCUCAUGUAUCACAAAAUGAAAUGUUACACAGUUCUUUAUCAUCUCCAUGAUCAUUGAGUCCAUUUUUGAGGCUAUUGUGUCAGUCCCUCUCACUGAGGGUUUACCUCGUUUUCGCUGACUCUCUGCCAAACAUGAUGUCCUUUUCUAGCGAUUGGUUUUUCCUAAUGACAUGUCCAAAGUAAAUGAGGUAGUCUCGCCAUCCAUGCUUCUAAGGUGCAUUCUGGUUGUAUUCCUUCUGAGAUUGAUUUGUUUGUUCUUCUGGCAACACAUGGUAUAUUUGAUAUUCUUCACCAACACCAUAGUUCAAAUGCAUCAGUUCUUCUCUCUUUUUUCCUUGUCCAGCUUUCUCAUAAAAAAAGCUUCUGCUUAUUUAGAGUGCCUAGUGUGUACUGAAUACUGGAAUUAUUUCAUUUAAUCUUCACAAUAAACCCUACUGACUAUAUGCUUCUUGAGACCAGGACCUGUGUCUGUUUCUUUCAUUACUGUAUACCUUAUGUCUAGUACAGUGUCUGGCACAUGGCAGGCCCUCAAUGUCUUCGAUAAAUGGAGUAAUUAUAUACAUUUUAUACAUGAGGAAAAUGAGGCUUAAGAAUUGACACAGCACAUGGUGAAUAUAAUUAAUGUCACAGAACCAUACAUAUGAAGAGUGUUCAAAUGGAACAUGUUUUGUUACAUAUAUACUAACCACAAGAAAAAAAGAAAAAACUACACAGCUAGCAUAAAUAGCAGAGUCAGGAUGUGAACUGAGUUCUUUGUAACUCCAGCAUUCACUCACUUACCCACUGAAUUAUGUCCUUCACUUACAGCACCAGAGAGAUUUUCUGGCCUCUAAAAAUACUUUUUUUUUUAAAUACUAGUGAGGUGCUGAGGGAACGGAAAGAAGUUUUAAACAAUAAAUUAAAAAAACUACCUAUUAAAAAAAAAUUAAUAUAUAUAUAUAUUUUUUAUGUGGAAGGAAACCCAGGAUGGUGCAAAUGGUUAAUGCUCUGGGCUGCUAACUGAAAGGUUGGAGGUUUGAGUCUGUCUAGAGGCACCUUGAAAGGAAGGCCUGGCAAUCUACUUCUGAAAAUUCAGCCAUUGAAAACCCUGUGGAGCACAGUUCUGAGACACGUGGAAUAGCCAUGAGUCGGGAUCAACUCAAUGGAAACUUUUUUUUUGUUGUUAAUGUGGAAAUUGAUAUGGAUGAAGGGCAUCAGGGAAGCGCUCACACUAGAUAAAUCAUUCCUUGUUUUUGAACAGUGAUUUUGGCUUUUCAAAGUGUUUCUGUGUGUGCUGUCCGUACAGGGGUUAUUGUCUCCAUUUUGCAGGUGAGGAGACUGAGGCACAGAAGUUACAAGAGAAAGUAAAGGUAGAGGACUGCAACAUGACACUUCAGAUAAGGAAUGCGCCAGCUCCUGGCCACCCUGAGGGGUGGGGGGGCGGUCCGCUGAGAAAAGGGAUUCCUCGGGAGUGAACUCACAGCUCCCUCAAACCCUCCUCUCCCAGAAGAAAAGCCUGGCAGGCAGCUUCUUUAGUCUUUCCACCCUGGAAAGAGCGAAGUAAGCCGAGCGGGACUACAUUUCCCAGCGGGCAUUGAGGAAUCCCUGCAGGACGCAGGCGUACUGAGGCGGCAUGCGUACUACGAUUCCCAACGUGCAGUGGGCGG